AUGCCUCGAGUCUUCCUGAUCACCGGCACGUCAACUGGCUUCGGUCAUGACUACGCCCAAGAAGUCCUGGAUCGCGGUGACAUUGUGGUCGCGACAGCCCGCGAUCCGACCAAGCUCUCCUUCGCAAACACGACCCCCGACACAUACCUGGCGCUGCGCCUCGAUGUCACGGACAAAGCGUCAAUCAAGCAAGCCUUCUCCGAUGCGCUGAAGAAAUUCGGCCGCGUCGACGUCGUGGUCAACAACGCCGGGUACGGUCUCGCGGGCUGUUUCGAGGAGUGCACCGAGGAGCAAAUCCGGCAGCAGAUGGAUAUCAACUUCUUCGGCCUCCUGGACGUCACCCGCGAGGCGCUGGAGACCAUGAGGGACAAGCAAAAACCUCAGGGCGGCUUGAUCCAGCAGAUCACCAGCGUUGGCGGACAGCGAGGAGUGCCGUUCUUCAGCAUCUACUGUGCAAGCAAGUGGGCUGUCGAGGGCUUUACGGAAGCUCUUAGCCAUGAGGUGAAGCCCGAGUGGGGGAUCAAGUUCACACUGAUCGAGCCGGGUGGCUUCAGAACAGACUGGGCUGGUCGCUCGAUGACGUUCGCAAAACGCCACCCUGCGUAUGACCACCUUGACGCCGAGAAGCACAUGACAGCCCGCCAUGGCAAACAGGCAGGGGACCCUAAAAAGGGCGCAAAAGCCAUGUACGAGCUGGCUGUCAUGCCCAACCCGCCAUUGCGGGUCGCCGUGGGCACCGACGCCUACAAGGCGGUCAUGAACAAGUUGGAGCAGUACGAACAGAACUACACAAAGUAUGCCGAACUCAGCAACUCGACAGAUGUGGACGGUUAUGUGCCACCACAAUGA